ACUGACAUGCUGUCGGGUUGUCAUUUGGAGGAGAGUACAAGUGUUUGACGCGUGCCCUAAGAAUUUGAAUAUACUUAAGAUGAUUCACCACACAAUAUUAUGUUAUCUUAGCGUUUGUUUUGUUUUCAUCGGAACAGUAAGCCCGGCAUAUAUCCCAAAGACGAAUUGGUUUGCAGACGCACAGAGGGAAUUACAAAGAAACCUACGUGCCCGAAGGAACACAAACGUUGCUAAAAAUAUCAUAUUAUUUGUCGGGGAUGGAAUGGGCGUUAGCACGGUAACAGCCGCCCGGAUUCUCAGAGGUCAACUAAAGGGUCGGACAGGGGAGGAAACUGUGUUAGAAUUUGAGAAAUUCCCGCACGCUGGAAUAUCAAAAACGUAUUCUAACGACCAGCAAACACCCGAUUCCGCUGCCACAGCGACAGCUAUAAUGUGUGGGGAGAAAACAAACUCAUUCACGCUCGGGAUCAACGACAACGUCCGGGUCAGCGAUUGCUCAACUCAACCCGGAAAUGAACUCAGCUGCGUCACCGACUGGUUCAAAAACGAUGGGCGUUCAUCUGGAUUUGUGACCACAACGAGGGUCACACACGCUACGCCGGCCGCUUCCUUUGCUAAAACUCCCAACCGGAACUGGGAAUACGACGUCGCAAUGAACAUGGAAGGGGUUCCCUUACAAGGCUGCAGGAAAGACAUAGCCUAUCAGCUCGUUUACAACUCCUCUCUCAAGGUUAUCAUGGGCGGCGGACGGAUGUUUUUUCAGGACAAAAAUACACUUGACCCUGAACUCGGUAAUGUAACCCUCGACUACCAUCGACAAGAUGGUUUGAAUCUUAUUAAGGAGUGGAAGAAGAGAAAUGAGUACAAAAGGGGCAGAUAUGUCUGGAACAAAGGCCAGUUUGACACGGUCGACCCUCUAAACACAGACAGAUUGCUGGGCCUAUUCGAGCCUUCCCACAUGCAAUUUGAAAUGGACAGAGAUGACGGCCCUUCUGGCGAACCAUCUUUAGCACAAAUGACAGGAAAAGCAAUUAGAAUACUUCAAAAAGACCCAAAAGGGUUCUUUCUGCUUGUUGAAGGUGGCAGGAUAGACCACGCCCACCAUAUGAGCAAUGCCGCGAGGUCAUUACAUGACGUUUUGGCAUUCGAGGAUGCUGUGAAAAGUGCUGUUCAUUUGACCAAUGAGAAAGACACGCUCAUUAUCGUCACGGCUGAUCAUUCGCACGUGUUUACAAUAGCCGGAUAUUCAUCUAGAGGAAAUGACAUACUUGGUAUAAAUGACAAUCCCAUGAAUGUCCCCGCUGACGGGGUUCCCUACACCACGCUUUCAUACGCCAACGGUCCAGGAUAUAGAUUUGGGUCCCGCAACUUUACCGACAUCGCUAACUCAACGUUCAUCGACUACAAACAGGUGACCACUGUCCCCUUAACUUUUGAGACUCAUGGAGGAGAGGACGUGUCUAUCUACGCCCGAGGGCCGAUGUCUCAUCUCAUAGCUGGCGUUCACGAGCAGAACUACAUAGCUCACGUGAUGGCUCAAGCCGCGUGUGUUGGUGCUCAUCAAUGUAACAAAGUGGAAAAAGUCCCUAAUGAUGAAUCUAUCGCAAAAUCACAGCUCAAUACUACACCUAUAUUUGAAACGUCCGACAAAGUCCCAGCCGUCCAGCCUGUUAGUAACCCAGGUUUCGCCCUAGCCAUCGAUACGUCAGAUCCAUCUUUCAUCAGUAACCUUGUGGAGGCGUUGAUUGAACCUGCUUCAAAGCUUGUCGCAUCAGGCUACGGAGACAUUUUACAGGCGGUGAGGGACGAGAAGAUUGACAUUGUUAAAGGGACUGAUUUUUCGGAGUCGUCCAAAGUAUUUGGGGAUGUUGUGAAAGAAAUGAAACGACAAGGCCGGGGUGCAGUAGAUCACCGUUCGCCAAUUUCGGACCCAGAUUUAACUUUUAUCGACUACAAACAGGUGACCGCUGUCCCCUUAACUUUUGAAACUCAUGGAGGAGAGGACGUGUCUAUCUACGCCCGAGGGCCGAUGUCUCAUCUCAUAGCUGGCGUUCACGAGCAGAACUACAUAGCUCACGUGAUGGCUCAGGCCGCGUGUGUUGGUGCUCAUCAAUGUAACGAAGUGUAA